AUGAAGAAGCGGGAGGAGACGCACCAGCAGGAAAUAGCUGCGAAGAAACUCGAGUUGCAGAAGACACUGGCCGAGAUCGAGCUUGAGCAAAAACGUGUGGAUUUCGAAGAAAGGAAAAAACUUGAUCAACAACGAGCUAAAUUUAAGUCGCAGACGGCUCAGUAUGAGGAUGAGCUAAAAAGGAAGCGACUGCAGGCUGAACAUGAGGCGCAGAGGUUAAGGAACCAGGAGCUUGUGAAGAUGCAAGAGGAAUCUGGGAUUAGGCUAGAGCAGAUCAGGCGGGCAACUGAGGAGCAAAUCCAGGAACAACGGAGACAGACAGAGAGGCAUAGGGCCGAUCUAGAGCAGGCGACCCUUUCAAAGAAAGCCAUGGCAGAGGCGGAGGGGAGAAUACUAGUAACAAAACAAACUGAAGAUGUGAAAAGGCGAUUGCUUUUGGAGGAGAUAAAUGCUGACAGGGAGAAGUGGAUCCAAGUGAUAAAUACAACCUUUGAGCAUAUAGGAGGUGGUUUGCGAACGAUCUUAACUGAUCAAAAUAAGCUAGUGGUAGCAGUGGGAGGUAUUACAGCACUUGCUGCAGGGAUAUACACAACAAGGGAGGGUGCAAGAGUAGUCUGGGGCUAUGUUGAUCGUAUUCUAGGUCAGCCUUCACUGAUAAGGGAGUCAUCACGAGGGAAAUAUCCCUGGUCUGGUUCCCUCUCACGUGCUACAGCUCCUUUCAGGAACAUGCUUUUCUAUGGGCCUCCUGGCACAGGGAAAACCAUGGCAGCACGAGAACUAGCUCGCAAUUCUGGAUUAGAUUAUGCACUAAUGACUGGUGGAGAUGUUGCACCAUUGGGAUCACAAGCAGUCACCAAGAUUCAUCAGCUGUUUGACUGGGCGAAGAAAUCUAAUAGGGGUUUGCUCCUCUUCAUAGAUGAAGCAGAUGCUUUCUUGUGCGAACGGAACAAAACUUACAUGAGUGAAGCUCAAAGGAGUGCCCUGAAUGCUCUCCUCUUCCGCACAGGUGAUCAAUCCAAGGACAUUGUCCUUGCACUUGCCACCAACAGGCCUGGUGAUCUUGACUCUGCUGUCGCUGACCGUAUUGAUGAGGUCCUGGAAUUUCCCCUGCCUGGGGAAGAUGAGCGAUUCAAGCUCCUGAAGCUAUACCUGGACAAGUACAUCAUCAAAGCCGGUGACAAACAUGAGAAGAGCUGGCUCCGUUUCUUCCGCCGCCAGCCCCAGAAGAUCGAGGUGAAAGGCAUCACUGAUGACCUGAUCCGGGAGGCGGCGGCUAAGACCCAGGGCUUCUCUGGAAGAGAGAUAGCGAAGAUGAUGGCAAGCGUCCAGGCCGCUGUCUACGGGAGCAAGGACUGUGAGCUCACCCCAGGCCUGUUCCGCGAGGUUGUGGACUACAAGUUCGCUGAGCACCAGCAGCGGAGAAGAUUAGCCGGUGAGGAGCCAAAGCAGAAUGCCUAG